AUGUCGACUGAAUCAACUCAGUCCUCCACCUCCUCGGCCUCGAGUGGUUUUUCUUCUUCCAGUACCACCAGCGAAUUCCUCCACCCCUACGCCACGGUCGCCAUCAAAUCCCACGUCCCCAUCACCCUAGAAAACACCCACCCGAAUUACAACAAAUGGAGGGCCUUCUUCACAUCUUUGUGCGGCAAGUUCGGGUUAAUGGCUCACAUCGACGGUUCCGCUCUUCCACGCCCCAAUGACCCGGCCUGGGAACAGGCCGACUGCUGCAUCUGCAGCUGGAUCUUCGGGUCAGUCGCCGACAACGUCCUUGACCUCGCCAUGGAGCCCGAUCAGACCGCGCGGGAGCUCUCGGUCGCCAUCGAGGACAUGUUCCACGCCAACAAAGAGCCUCGAGCGAUCUUCCUCAGCCACCAGUUUCACUCCAUGAUUCAAGGCGACUCCUCCAUCAACGAUUACUGCCAGAAGAUGAAGACCGCUGCCGACGCUCUUCGCGACAUCAGCCACGCCGUCACCGAAUCCCAACUCGUGCUUAACCUCCUCCAAGGCCUGAACGAGCGCUUCUCCAACACCGGAGAUAACAUCGCUGGCGCAGCCGUCCUCCCAAGCUUCACCUCAGCGCGCAACACCCUCCUGCUGAAGGAGUUGCGCAUCGCCAACGAAGCCAAGGUGGCGGCAGCCACGGCGCUGGUGGCCGGCGGCGGCUUCGGCUCCGGUUCCUGCCCUCCCGGUGGCUGCAUCUCCUCUGGCGGUGGGGGUGGCGGCAGUGGGAGUGGUGGCGGCGCACGCCAGACCUUCCCGGGCGGUGGGACUGGUGGCGGCGGCUUCCCUGCUGGCCAGGCCCGCACCGGCGGCAACACGAACCGCCGCAACCGCAAGGGAAAUGGUGGACGCGGCGGCGGAAAUGGAGGAGGGAACGGCGGCGGCAGUGGGGGUGGUGGUGGCACUCGCCAGGCCUUCUCUGGCGGCGGUGGCAGCGGCGUUUCCUCUGGUGGCGGCGGUUUCUCUGCUGGAGGGAGUUCGACCGGCUGGGUGGCCAACCCUAGCUGGAGGCCGGCCGGGCCUUGGGUUUGUUUUAACCCCUGGCCGGCCCAGCAACAGGCCUGGCGCCCCUCUUCAGCCGGCCUUCUUGGGCCGGCUCCGACGGCCGACUACUCCCAGGCCAAUACCACAUAUGCUAGGCCAUUUGUGUCGCCCACAUUUGCUCCUACAGGCCAGCCCAAUUGGGAGCAAGCUGGCCUCAUUGCAGCACUGAACCAGAUGGCCUUCCAAAGCCCAAACAACUAA